UCCAUUACUCGAGAAAUGUAAUCGUCAAAAAAACAAUUCGAGGAAAAUUUCCCUCCUUAUACCAUAAAUAAUAAUGUUUAAUUGAAUAAAAUCUGUAGCAAAAGCCCUACAAAAAUCCCCAAUUCUCGUCGGAGAUUUCUAAGUCAAAACCCUAAAAAGAUAGACACCAUACCUAUAUAUAAAUAUUAUAUUCAUAUCUCUUGUGUCCUUUACUCUGUCUUCUUCUUCUUCCUUCUCUUCGAACUGAUCUGAGAUUUUGAUUCUGCUCCUCUCUUCUCAUCGUCCAAGGUAGAGAUGGCACUCGAAUCGAAUGCUCCAGUUAUGGAUCCACACACUGUGGGCAAUGCGUUUGUUCAGAAGUACUACAACCACUUGUAUGAAUCACCAGCGGAAGUGUAUCAGUAUUAUCGCGAGGAUAGUGUUUUAGGCCGCCCGGGUUCCGAUGGAGAGAUGGAUUCUGUCAAAUCCUUAAAAGCUAUCAAUGACAAGAUCAUGUCCUUCGAUUACCAGAACACAAAGAUUCAGAUUUUGACUGCUGAUUCACAAGCAUCUUACAAGAAUGGCGUUGUUACUCUAGUCACUGGUUUACUGACCGUGAAAGAUGGUGAAAGAAUGAGAUUUACUCAAUCCUUUUUCCUUGUGCCCCAGAAUGGAAGCUACUUUGUCCUGAACGAUGUCUUUAGGUAUGUCGCUGAUGAGAUUGUUGAACCAGAAGCUAGCAAGAAAGAGGUCGAGGAGGUGAUUCCUCAAGUGGUUCAAUCAACUGUUACUCCAGUGGAGCCAACAAAUGAAGUUGCUGAGCCAGUUACUAUCCCUACUCAACAACCUGCGUCGAAACCAACAACUGAAGUUACAGAGAAGAGACCAGAAAGAGCUGUAGCAAAUGGACAUCCCAAAACCCCGGAGGAAAAAGUUGUGAAGGAUGAUAUCAGCAAUGGUGUGGAUGCUCCCAAGAAAUCAUUUGCAGCAAUGGUCCAAUCUCCUGCCAAGCCUAAGCCUAAGCCUGUGACAAGGCCGAGUGCUGCUCCCAAACCCAAAGCUCCUGCUCCUGUUCCUGAACACUCUCCUGCUGAAACAGUCGACCAACCAGCCGAGGAUGGUGCCACCAUAUUUGUUGCAAACUUGCCUAUGGACGCAACACCCGAGCAACUCAAUGAAACAUUCAAAGGUUUUGGAGCGAUUAAGAAAGAUGGUAUCCAAGUUAGAAGUUACAGGUUAAAGGGAAACUGUUUCGGGUUUGUGACAUUUGAAUCUGCUGAAGUUACGAAAUUGGUCCUCCAGGCUCACAAAGAAUUAGCCAUCAGAAUCGGGAACCGAAGAGUUUCUAUAGAAGAGAAACGAGGCAACAACGAUAAUGGAAGACCCUCAAGUCGAAACGGAGGCUACAGGAGCGAGAAUGGUUACAGAAACGACGGUUUUAGGCCUCGAGGCAACAGUUAUAAUGGUGGAGGUCGAGGCUAUGGAAGAAAUGGAUAUGAUAGACGAGGAGGCGAAUCACGCAACGGUGAAUCUAACAAUGGUAAUGGAAAGGUUCACCAGAACGGAACAGUAAAAGCUGGCAGUGAAAAUGCUCAAUCCAGAGGCUAAAAGAGUUUUUUUUUUUUUCUUAAACUCUGAUGUGUUGUUGUUAUUUUGUUCAUUUGAAAAAUUGAAAAUCUGAAGAAACUUUUAUAGGAAGAGAGAAAGAGAGAGAUUAGAAGGUUUUUUUUUUGGAGUAGGUUUAUCUCUUUUCAUUUGAGAACUUGUUUUGGACAAAUAAUUUGAUGAUUACAUUGUUUCUUUCCAAUCAAAAAAAUCUUUAAGGC